AGUGUUUACAGUUUACGUAUAAAUAACGCGCGUUCUUACGUUACAAACAUUGUCAAGUGUGUACACAAACAGUAAACAUGUACAAGGCUGUGCUUCUCGUCUGCGCUCUGGCGCUCAUGAUCCAGUCCAUUACUGGAGCAUGCAUUGGAGCUGGAUUGGCUGGUGCUCCCUUCGGCUUUGCUGGUCCUCUUGGUCUCGCUGAACCCUUUGGUCUCGCAGGACCGUUGGGUCUUGCUGAACCCUUUGGUCUGGCCGAACCUUUCGGUCCAGGUCCACUAGGCGCUCCUUACGGAGCAUACGGUGCUUACGGUCUCGGCUCCGGCAUCGGCCCCUACGCUGGACCUUUCCGUGCUGGCUAUGGAUAUGGCGCCCUCAUCUAAUCUAAAUGCAGAUAUUUCUGACAGUCAAUUAUUUCCAUUCAACAUCUAUUAUGGAUUAAUUACUCAACUUUAAAUACCCUUCCCCAAAAAUAUAUGAAUAUCACAAACAGUAUUGUUAUAACACGAACAUAUACAUAUUAUAUAUCAUCCAUAAUUAAAUAUUUAACAUGUUAUCUAAAGGAAAACAUUCA